AUGGCCGAGGUACAAGGUUCUUAUCACCCUGCUUUCAACACAGUGCGAGAUCUCUUGCAGCAAAAGAUUGCAGAUGGUAGUGAAAAUGGCGCUUCCCUUGUUAUCAAUAUCGACGGCAAAGAUGUCGUGGAUCUCUGGGGUGGUUAUAAAGACCUGAGCCAGUCUAAGCCAUGGGACAAAGACACUAUCGCUUGUAUUUGGUCGUCUACCAAAAUUCCUACUCUCUUGGCUGCUCACAUCCUUGUCGACCGUGGCCUUUUGGAUGUAAAUGAGAGAGUCGCGACAUACUGGCCUGAAUUCGCGGCAAAUGGCAAAGAGAACGUGAAGGUUUCCCAUAUCCUGAGCCAUUCUUCUGGAGUUCCUGCCUUUGAUGGCGGAAUCACUAUCGAGCAAAUGCAAGAUGAAGAGACAGCAGCUAAGCGGCUUGCAGAGCAAGCUCCCUGGUUCCCACCAGGAACCCAAAGUGCAUACCAAUAUACCAACUACGGUCUUCUAGUGGGUACGAUCGUUCAGCGUAUCACGGGACAGCCUUUAGCCCAGUUUAUUUCUGAAAAUAUCACUACACCUUUGGGGGUUGAUUUCCAGCUUGGUCUCUCCGAGAAGGAUGAGCCGAGGACUGCUGAGAAUAUUCCGUUCCCACCGGAAACUGUACCUUCCUCAGAAGGCCUUGAUCCUACUACAAGUAUCUUACUUCGAUCUCUUAUCGGAUCUUUGUUAGAUCCUACAACCCCUAGUAACCCAACAUUCAGAAAGUCUCAGAACGGAGCUUCAGGAGGAUUCUCGAAUGCACGUGCUUUAGCAACUAUUGGAUCUAUUGUUACUCUUGAUGGUGUCGUCAAUGGGAAAAGGAUUCUUUCCUCCCAAACUGUUGAUAAUAUGCUGAAGGAGCAAAUCAGAUUACCUGACGAAAAUAUCAUGACAAACUCCCGCUUCGCCCUUGGACUUGCACUUCCAUCAAGCGAUGGAGUGCUCCCAUAUGUCCCAGAAGAAGAGGGCAUUAGUUUUUGGGGCGGUUUCGGAGGGUCUGCGGUCAUCAUGGAUCGCGGCCGGCGGAUGACUAUAUCAUACAUCCCGAAUAAAAUGGAGUUCAGGGUGGUUGGAAAUUCGCGCUUUGAUGUUUAUUUCCCCGAGAUCUACAAGGCUUUUGAGGCUUAUGGCAAGGCUUAG